AUGGUGGUCCGUUGUGGUUCAAGUGACAAUGGUCAGAUGUGGUUCAGAUUGGCGAUGGAUCAUAUCGGAGAUGGUCAAUGGUGGUUUAGAUCGACGGCUAUGUCAAGGAAAAAUUCUGAGAAUAGGGGGGAGCGAAAGUAUGUUGUUUUAAACGGUACAGUGAGCACUCCGAAUCACCAUUUUCGAAAUAGAGGAUUGUCGGACAAUCCUCUUAUCGGUGAGAUAGCGACUUUCCGAAAGUUGCAUUAUAGAGAAAAAGAUGGUUGGGUUAAUGACUAUUCUCGCACUUCAUAUGAGAACAUGGUAGAGAUUAAGCGGCAAAGUGAAUCAACAGAAAAUCCCCCGAGUGAUCUAGAGAUUAUGCAACAARUCUUAGGUAAAWGACCURCAUAUAUUCGGGGAUGGUCUAGGGUCCCGAGCACUAGGAGCGAUUCUACAAGUUCACGACAAAGCACCGGUGCGUCAGGUCGAUUGAGUCAUAGUGAUGUCUAAUAGACUUGCUUCAACCGAAUUCGAGCUUGCUUCUACCAAAUUCGAGCUUGCUUCUACUAAAUCCGAGCUCUUUCUCAUGAAGGAUGAAGUCGCGGAGUUGCGACAAAUGGUUAGGUCAAUUAUAUCCGGCCGGUCGGUUCUAAGUUCAUCUUCAUUAACUGUUCAAGACCAACGUUUGGAGACUCAAGAUC